UGUGUGAUACCACUUACACUCAUUAGGCAAGCCAUUUUUGUGUCUGUUGAUUGCCUUUAUAAACUUACUUGAAAGAUUCUACAAACGCAAGUAAGAAAUUAUCUUGAAAACAAGGCUAAAAAGGUCCUACAAAAAGGAAGAAGGUAAUAAAAACUGUGAUCAGCAAACUUGACUCCACCUCCUUUCUUUCUUAGCUUUCCCUCCUUUCUUAUGACUUUGCUAUGAAGUUCAUUAAUGAAAUGUUUGAUUUGCAGGGGGUGCAGGACAUGUCAAGCUGGUGUGCUCUUGGUUUUUUCAUGUGGCUUCUUUGUGACAGCAUUGACGGGAAAGUUGCCAGACUAAGAAAUCUCUCUAGCCCAUUUGGAGAGCUUUUAGACCACGGAGGCGACUGCUUCGCUCUCAUGCUUUCUUCAAUGACAAUUGCAUGCCUGUUGCGAGUAUCUAAGGCGCACGAAGUAUUCUUCAUGUGGUUUGUUGUGGAUCUCUUCGCUAACUACAUUUCAGAGCCAUAUACGAUGUAUAUUUGUGGCAAAUACCAGUAUGCAAGUUUCGACUUUCUUGCAGUGGUGACAGCAUUCACCUGUAUUAGCCUCGUAUCCGCAAUAUACGGCCUUGACUUUUGGACAUACAACAUUGUUCCUGCUGUGAACUUUCAAUUUCGGCACAUAUUUUACAUUGUAAAAAUCGUGAUUAUUGCUGAUAUUCUACUGGUGAAAUCAAGAGAGUUAUAUAACACUGUGAAAGGCCUUCGCGAGCCAAGGAUGCAAGCAAUGAAACCUCUGAUCCCGCUUCUAGUCGUUACGUUGUCAACCGUCGUUGCAUUCUGUUGCUGCUCGUCAGAAUUCUUCCAAAGCAAUUCAAUUCUAUUUCUGCUUUGUUUCGGUUUUUCAUUCGUCAAGAUUCACAUCCAGUUACUUCUGGCGCAGAUGGUCAAAUCACAGAUAAAGAUUUUCGACUAUGCAUUGCUUUUUCCAAUAUUUGUUUCAUUCGGAAUCAUUUUCUGUGAAACACCGAAGAUGGAAAAGAAUUUUAUUCAAAUAUUUUCUAUUAUCACUGCACUGGAUACAACAAUUUAUUUUUUCCGUUUGGUUUAUGAGUUCUACAGAGGUCUUUAUGUGGAGAACGUUGAGGAUCCGCGAAAAUGAACCGACGAUGCAUUUCAAAUUAUGCAUUUUAUCUAAGACAAUUAUGGUUCUUGUUAUUUCGUUGGGAAGCAUCCAAUUUAUUUACUUGUUUAAGUCUUAUUCCGUUUAUUUACAUGAUACGCUUUUGAACUCCGAUAUCCGAGUUAAUUUUUAUGCUUUGUGAUUUGGCAGGCUUCUUGCUUGCUGCGGAUUUUAAAAAGAAAUUGUUGCAGGGGUUAUUCGAGCGUGGUUUUGUUACCGUUUUGUGGUGUUGUAAAUUUGAUUUGUGUUGUUGUGACUUUAAUUUUGUGGUGUUGUAAACAAAUCGACUCUCUUGAAAAAUGUUUCGCAAAAUAUUAGGAAUCGUUUGGUAAAACUAUAUGAAUUUCCACUCAAACAAAAACUCAAGAUAUUGGAUUCCAAUUUGAUUCCCCUUUUCUUAGAAACCAAAGAAAAUAUAAACCCUUUUUUCUGAAAUUAAGUAAUUGAAAUAAGGCCAAACAAAGAAAA